AUGCCCACCGUCAAGACUAAAUGUAAAGUCGCCUGUAAAUCGUGCAAUUUGCGACGAGUCAAGUGUGAUCGGACUGAGGUAAGACCAUGUUCAUACUGCCGACUAGCAGGGCAAGAAUGCCAGCCCAUUGUUUCGAGACGUGGAAAGUACAAACGAAAUCACGAUAGCAACACUGAUACUCGGCCGGCCCUUCGUCGGUCGUCACGAAAGCCUCAAGAUGAACGUAACCUUAUAAGUGCUGUAUCAGGCGAAUCAACUUCAGAUGCCAUUAUCACCAAUACUAGUAGCCCCGACUUUAGCGGUAGGAAUUCUACUGCUGAAACACGGUCAUGUGAGCCUUCCAAUCCCCAGCCAAGUGCCCCAUCACCAAGGCAAGGCUAUCAAUAUUCCUCGACAAGCUCAGAUAGUAAAGUGGUAUACUACGGCGACUCCUUUAACCUUGACUAUAUGUUGCAUGAAAUGGGAGACCCUUUAGGCGCUUCCCGUAAUGGUCGCACGUGGGAGGAUGCACUUGAGCACUUAUACUUCAGUCAGCUAGGGCAAUCAACAAAAACCCAGAUAGAAGAGCAUUCUCGAAACCAGCGUCUGCAGCUGAGAGACAUUGGCGCGCUUGAAAGUUUCGAGAAAAAUAUCAGUGACGAUUUGAUCAGGAUUUUCUUUGAGAUGUGCUACCCUCAGUGUCCUAUUUUUGACCGAGCGGACUUUCAGCUUAAGUACGAGUCUGGGAGAGUGUCACCGCUGGUUCUGCAAGCUGUGUAUUUCGUGGCCCUUAACCAUUGCAGUGAGGAACUUUAUAAGCGGGCUGGCUUUGCAAAUAGAUAUCUGGCAACAUUUACAUGUUAUCAGAGAGCGAAAACUUUAUACGACAUAAACCACGAAUCUGACGCUAUAGCGACUCUUCAAGCGAUCUAUUUGUUGUCUUUCUGGUGGGGAAGCCCGAUGGAACAGAAGGAUAUGUGGCAUUGGACUGGUAUUGCAUGUAAUCGAGCACAGUCCCUGGGAUUGCAUCAACGAAAAACCUAUGUAGGGUUAAGUGAGAGAAACAGAAAACUAUGGAGGCGGAUUUGGUGGACUAUUUACGUACAUGAUAUCUCUGUGACUAUAAUGCUAGGAAGAACUCCGCACAUCAACGAUGCGUACUGCAGUGUGGAGAUGCUGGGCGAAAAUGAUUUCGAAGUAUCAGACGACGACUUAAUCAAUUCUGAUCUGCUUCCAGAACCGACUCGUGAAAGCCGGCUUUACUUUAUCCACUUAGCAGAACUAUAUUCGCGAACAAGCAAAUGUUGGCUAAAUAUAGCUGGAGCAAAGUUCAACGAAUCAGUAGUUCUCAAAAGCCUGGACGAUCUUACAUCAUGGAAAGCGUCCCUUCCAAGAGAAUUACAGCAACGAGAAUCUACAGUUUCUGUGGAAGAUAGCCUUUGGGCGACCCUGGUCAAUCUAAGUUACUUCACCGUGCAGAUUUUAAUACGCCGGAACGGCUUUAACGAUCCGGACAGAAUGAAGGUCGGGUCAGUUGUGUUUGAUGCAGCUGUGCAAAUCGUGCGGAUAUUGGAAGACCUUGUAUUAUCGCAACUUCUUCCUUUUGCAUUGAUGCGCAGUGCGCCGGCUGUUUUCGCCGCUCUCUCUGUCCAAAUUGCAAAUAUGCGUGGAUGCCCAUCCCAUGUGGUCGAUGUCUCGAAGCAUAGAGCUCGACUCUGCAUGAUGAUCAUAAACAAGCUGCAAGACCACUCGCCUCCACUCCUGUGGUACUAUCGCCUCUUUGUACGGCUAUUGCAAAGUAUGGGUUGUGAGAUCCUCGAUGAAGAAAGUCGAGAAGCUUCACAUCACUCCGAUCAGCUUCUACAUGGGCUGCAAUCACCUACGGCUGACUUUCUCUACAACAAUCGAUUUGAAAAUAGUUCGCAAGAGGUUGGUCCGAAUGAUAUCUCCAAUGAUCCAUUGACCGGCAAUCCAGUGCUUUGCGACUUUGGCCUGUCUGGGAUGACAGCAUCGUUUGUAUUCUCCAGCUUCCUUGACAGCGACCUGAUUGAUGGGACAUCAACGGAUCUUGAAAACCACAACCUUGAUCCAUCUUCCCUGUGA